CAAGACUUGUUCUAGAGGACUUGCAGGAAAUAUUUCAUGGGUGUAACGCCCUCAAAGGCUGUCACAUCCAAAGAGAGUGGCGGUGGCCGGAGCGAAUGCCUGUCAUGGGGCUUCAGUGGCAUGCAAGGCUGGCGCCCACGGAUGGAAGACUCACAUUUUGCAUUCGGAUCGUUAGGUAAAUUCGGUGGCGGUGAUUGGGCCGACACGGCCGCCUUCGGCGUUUUGGAUGGCCACGGAGGGCGCGAGGUUGCCUUCUUUUGCCAGCAGAGGCUGCCAAGUGCCAUUGCGCAGCAGGAAAGAAGCAAUCCUGAAGCUGCCCUUGUGAAAGCGAUUGAAGGUAUGGACAAGCUUUUGGGCAUGGAGGAGGAGCAUGCGUAUUUGCGAUCCUUUACAGGAAAAACGCGAGAAUGCCAUUUGGAGGGGCCUUACAGAGUUGGAUGCACUGCAAUUGUUUGUUUGGUUCAGCCCGACUGCAUCAUCGCGGCAAACGUGGGCGAUAGCAGGGCAAUACUUUGCAGACAGGGCCUGGCAGUGCCACUGUCAGAAGACCACAAGCCCAAUCUUCCAAGUGAACGCCACAGAAUUGAGCUUGCUGGCGGUUCUGUAGAGCGGCAACAGAUUGGUGAGUUGGUUCAAUAUAGGGUCAAUGGCAACCUCAAUCUAUCGAGGUCUAUCGGUGACCUAGAUUACAAGCGAAACCCACGGCUUUCACCAUGCGAGCAGAUCAUUAGCUCCACCCCAGACAUUGUGCAGUGUGCCAGGAGUCCAAGUGACGAGUUCUUAUUGCUUGCUUGUGAUGGCGUAUGGGAUAUGAUGAGCAACCAAGAUGCUGUAGACUUUGUGAGCGCAAGGCUGCAAAAAGUCCGUGAAGGCCAGCCCAUUGCUUUGAUCACGGAGGAGCUCCUAGAUGCCUGCUUUGCGCCCGACUUGAGCAAGACUGGAGGCCUGGGCGGUGACAACAUGACAGCAUUGCUUGUCCUUCUGAAAGAUCCGGAGGACUACAAAAACAUGCAACCAUUUGCGACGGCCAAAGUGCCACAAGUGUCACUUCACAGUGUUGCUAGCAGGCUCCCAUCCAGUGUAUUCUGCAGUUGUCAGCCAGACGCUAUGAGCAGAUACAGCCUUUGACAGACUCGACCUGGAUGUGUCAUAUCACCUCGGCAUUGGGCCACUUCGGUCAGCUAGAGGCACACGUAACAUUGAAGCGAGGGGCUUCGUUAUCCCUAAUAAGGGGAUAUCGAUGGUCCCCGGUUUCCUCUGUGACAUGUUGGCAAACACAGUGGUAGGAGAGUGUUGAUGAACGCUCAGAAACCCCCAAAGUGGGAAGGCUUGAACAUUGGCUAGAAAGGGCGUAUUGCGAGCUCCAACUACGAGAGCUUGAUCUUUUGCUAGCUUUGGAUCAAGACAUACUCAUGCAGUAAGAUGGAUCGGGA